AUGCAACGUGAACCUCCAAAUUCUGCUGAACUCCGACUAUUUAUGGUUUAUUCCGUGGGUGAUGUAUGUACGUAUAGUGAUUCCAGGUUAGGAGCACCGUUCCUCGACAAAUUUAACGUUCUGGAAAAUCAAGAGACGGACACAUCGCAACAAAAUGACGAGGAGAGUAUUCCAGAAAGGGACACAAUACUAACUGCGAAAGGAGUUGUAUCGUAUGAUGAAAUUGAUGCCAAGGUUUUCCGUCCCAAUAACUAUAAAAUCGUGGAAAAAUCUUUUCCGAUUCCAAAGCUUGAUUUCAUUACAAAACCGUCAUGUGAGAAGAUCUUCGUCGAUUGGCUUCAUAUCGCGAAUAGAACAGCACCGCCUUCUCCUCCCAGGAAUAUUGAGGAAAAUGAGAAAAAUGCCUUCCUUCUGAAUGGAUAUUCAGUUUUACAUAAGGUAUACACAGUCGAAUAUCAAAAAACGGAAAUCAUUGGCACAACAAAAAUUAAAUAUAUUCAUCCCAUCGCUUUUGCUGAAAAAUGGAAAGAGAAUUUGGGGAAGUUCGACUUUGCCAUAUCUUUCUCUUCCAUUGAACACAGUGGGCUGGGAAGGUAUGGAGAUCCGAUAGAUCCUAUUGGUGACUUGCGUGAAGUCCUGAAAGUUAUGUGUUUACUCAAACAAGGAGGACUAUUUUUUAUCGGUUUUCCGACAGGACAAGACGCGAUACUGUACAACGCCCACCGUUACUAUGGUAGAAUUCGAACAGCCAUGAUUAUGACUGGUUUUGAAUGGUUAGCCACAUAUCAUGGAGAGUGUCCAUAUUCACAUGAUCCAAUACGAGAAGAUUUUGAGAAAUUUAAAAAAAGCAAACAAUUACUUUCGGGGAACAUUUCGAGUUCAUUCGAGGAUAAUCCGUUAUGCAAUGUCACUGAUGAGGACGGAAUCCCGUACAGAGACACUAUUUCAACGGCUAAAGGUUUGGUGACUUACGAUGAAAUUGAUCGGAACGUAUUUCAUCCAAACAACUAUAGGAUAGUGAAGCCGUCAUUCCCGAUUCCAAAACUUGACUUCAUUUCGAGACCCACAUGCGAAAAGGUUUUCGAAGACUGGCUAGAGAUUGCAAAAGGUCCAGCACCACAAGAACCUCCCCGGACAAUUAGAAAUUCCGAGAAAAACGCUUAUCUGUUAAAUGGAUAUUCCGUUGAGCACAGGAACGUGUAUUCGAACGAAAAAGCAAAACCUACGAAAGUUAUAUGGGACAAAAUCGGGAUAAUGAUGAAUAUGCCAAGAAAAUGGGUGACAGCAUAUGGGACACAAGGAUUAAGCGUUUACUACGCUCUGAGAGACUAUCCAGUAAAAGAUAUGGUUGGAUUCGUUAUUGGCUCUCAACGUCCUUGGAUAGAGGUGCAAGCGCUACGUAGUGGAGCCUCAAAAGACACAACUUUUCGCCUGAUUAGGAAAUGUUCUACUGCUUUACCACAACGCCAUGUAUACACAGUUGAAUAUCAAGAAACAAAAAUAGUAGGGACUGAGAAGAUCAUAUACAUCAAUCCGAUCACAUUUGCUGAGCAAUGGAAAGAUAAUAUGGAUAAGUUCGAUUUUGCUAUUUCUUUCUCUUCAAUCGAGCACAGUGGCUUGGGAAGAUAUGGGGACCCUCCCGAUCCCAUCGGUGACCUGCGAGAAGUUCAAAAAGUGCUCUGCUUGCUUAAAAAAGGAGGAUUUGAAUUGAUAGCAGUGUACACUGGAAAUAGUCCAUAUCCACAAUAUCCUCGAAGAGAAGACUUUGAAAUUCUCACUAACCAUGAACAGGAGCUUUAUGUGUUGAGAAAACCUUAA